AUGAAGUAUGAAUUAUAUGUUAAAGGAGAAUUUGAAAAUAUAAAAGGAUUAUCUUGUGAUCAGACAUAUCCUGCCAUAGUAACAUGUACUGCUUGUGAUUAUACACAUCCUAAAGUAGUUAUAAUAACAGAUGAAAGUUCGAUCAAAGAAAAGGGUGUUUAUAAGUGCAAUUGGGAAAUGAAAUGUCAUUCGUGCAGAAAUGAUAUAAAGAUUACAAUUAAAAAUCCCGAAACACUGACGAAAACUCUUCUUAAAGACAAAUACGAUGAUGAUUUUGAAAUAAGUUACAAUCCUGUUGUAAAAGAUCGUUGCUCACUAUCAUUAUUUGAAACCAGUGGUGGAGAAAUAUCUGAAGUAAAAAAAGUAGGCCUUAAUGUACUAACCGAAGAUGACCAGUUAUUUUUGAACAAAACAGUUGAUGACAAAAGAACUUUAGCAGAUUCAUAUGGAGGAGGUAAAAUGUAUUCAAUACUCAAUUUUGAAUUAGAAAUUAAAAGAGUAAAAUAA